CCUUUUCCCAUCUCUUGGCAGAAAUUAGCAGAACUCUCAUUCAAAGAAACAAAAAAUGAGAAGUUUGCAACUUUCAUUUUUAUUGCUUUCUUGUAUCAUCAUCUCAGCAAAUACAUAUGAAGGAAAGAAAAAAGAGGCACUGAGAUCAUGGAGUGAACUCACUAGAGGAAAGAAAGAUCAGCAAAACUUCGAAACCAGAUUUCAACUCUAUACAGACAGAGCUGGAGGCAGCUGCCAGAUUUUUGUUAAUCAGCUGGAGACUCUUGACAAAUGCCAUUUCAAUGCCUCUCUUCCUCUGGUGAUGAUAGUCCAUGGCUGGUCGGUGGAUGGGAUAUUGGAAAGCUGGAUUUGGAAAAUGGCAGCAGCUCUGAAGUCCCACCCUGAGCCGAUGAACGUGAUCAUUGCAGACUGGCUGACCCUGGCUCACCAGCACUAUCCCAUUGCCGUGCGGAACACGCGCACCACGGGACACGAGAUCGCGCGCUUCCUGCAGUGGCUGGAGGAAUCUGUUCAAUUUUCCAGAAGCAAUGCUCAUCUAAUUGGAUACAGCCUGGGAGCUCAUGUUUCAGGAUUUGCUGGAAGUUUUAUCAAUGGUACAAAAAAGAUUGGAAGAAUUACAGGCCUUGACCCUGCUGGGCCCCUGUUUGAGGGAAUGUCACCCACAGACCGUUUAUCUCCAGAUGAUGCAAACUUUGUGGAUGCAAUUCAUACCUUCACCAAACAGCACAUGGGCCUCAGUGUUGGCAUCAAGCAGCCUGUGGCUCAUUUUGACUUUUAUCCCAAUGGAGGCACCUUCCAGCCUGGCUGUCACAUCCUGCACGUGUACAACCACAUUGCACAGCUGGGGAUUGCUGGCAUCACUCAAACUGUGAAAUGUGCCCAUGAGAGGUCAGUUCACUUGUUCAUCGACUCUCUGCUGCACAAGGACAAGCAAAGCACAGCGUACUGGUGCAACGACAUCAACACUUUCAACAAAGGGCUGUGCCUCAGCUGCAAGAAGAACCGCUGUAACACCCUGGGCUACAACAUCAGGGAGGAAAGGCUGCCCAAAAGCAGACGACUCUUUCUGAAAACAAGAGCGCAUAUGCCCUUCAAAGUGUAUCAUUAUCAGUUCAAGAUCCACAUCAUCAAUGAAAUCCAAGGCAAGCCCAUAGACCCAGCUUUCACCAUGUCUCUGACAGGGACUAAGGCAGAUGCUAAAAACCUGCACAUCCCACUAGUUGAAAGUAUUACUGGGAAUAAAACCUACUCGUUUCUCAUCACCCUGGACAAUGAUAUUGGUGACAUCAUAAUGAUCAAGUUCAAAUGGGAAUUACCUCCACUUUGGGGAAAUAUCUGGGACACAUUUCAAACCAUAAUACCAUGGACAAAGGGCACUCGUCGACCAGGACUUAUAGUGAAGGAAAUAAGAGUGAAAGCAGGGGAAACACAGCAAAAAAACACAUUUUGCCCCCAAAGCACUGACAAUAUUCACCUUCAUCCAUCCCAAGAGAAGAUAUUUGUGAGCUGUGAAGAUCUCUUCCAGACCCAAAACAGAAAAUGAGCAAGACAAGAAGGCAACUUCUCACCAAAAUAUUCAAAAUAUGAUACAUCUAGUAAAAUGUUCUAAAAAUUAACAGUCAAAUAUCCUAGCAGUUUCAGAGAUGGUAAAAAAAUACAUUAAGAUAUUUAGUUUUUGUCAUCUGAGUGAACUGAAAUAUGCUCUUUGCUCAUCUAGGAGCAUACUCUGAAAAUCAUCAGUGAGCAGCUUCAUCAAGGCAACUGUCAAUUUUCAACUGUUUAAAAUCUGAAAAAAACAUCUGCUCACCAGAAAUAAAAAUAUUAUUUGACAAAAUCAUCAUCAUAAGCCUUUGAAAAACUUAAUUUUGUUGGAUAUAAGGGGAAAAAAGGAAUUAAUUUCAUGGUAAAUACAUUGAAGUAUUAAUAGCUACGACUAUCAGUUAAAACCUUGCUAAAUGAUUUCCUAAUGAAGGGAGAAUUAAAUAGUUCAUAAAAGAAAAUAUGACCAAAUAGAUAUAAAAACAGAAAAUGUUUAAGCUGUAAUAACCAUAUGAAAACCCCAAUAAUAGUAUAAUCUAAAAAUUCUAUAAUAAACCUUAUUCUCUGAAAAUGCUUUGCUAUUUAACUAUUUUAAUUAAAGAACUGAUUUAAAUUACUAGCAAUUUAAUUAUUUGAAUGAUGCUUAGUGUUCUACACAAAAUUAUAGCACAACUAAGUUCAGUUAAUUUUUUGCACUUAAAUCAUAUUUAGCCAUUCAGGUAAGGUCUGAGAUUUUUAGAUUCUAAAUCUCUGUAUACCAGAUUUUGGCAUGACUUGAAACUGCCAGAAUAAAUUAAAAUGGCUAAACCUUCAAACAACUUCAGAGCAUAAAAACAAACUUUAUAAGGUCAAACAUAUACAAUUCCCUUGUUUCCUCUGUCAGAAUAUAAACAACAGAAAGGAACAUUAUUGUCUCAGAUUGCUUUUAUUCUAUGGUUUGUGCAUACUGAAACAGAAAUCAAUGUAUAUGUAUUCAUUUGUCACUUUAAUGCUGAGCACAAGAUUAAUUAAAAAUUAAGGUUUCUUGAACUCUGAA